AGGAGCCUAAACCAAACAGAUACUUAACUAUAAAAGGAUAUGGAGGUCAUUUACCCAUUAGGGUUUUGGCAACUAUAUAAUUCCGCAGAAGAUUAACCUUGUUUUAUAUCUUUCGAGCUGAGCCCUUGUUAUUCGCCGUCAUCCUCUUCCGUGAUUUUUCGGUUAGCGAACCAAUCAACCAAGAUGCAGAACGAAGAGGGUCAGAAUAUGGAUCUCUACAUCCCCAGGAAAUGCUCUGCAACAAACAGGCUCAUCACCUCCAAGGAUCACGCUUCUGUCCAGCUUAACAUUGGGCACUUGGAUGCCAAUGGCCACUACACUGGUCAAUUUACCACUUUUGCUCUCUCUGGUUUCGUCCGAGCUCAGGGUGAUGCUGACAGUGCCCUGGACAGACUUUGGCAAAAGAAGAAGGUUGAACAUCGCCAACAAUAGUCCCAGUUUGAGCAUGUUGUUUUCUUGUUUUAGACAUUGUUAGUCAAAGGACAGUAACUGCAUUUACCUAGCUGUUCCAUUCCAUUAAUAUGGUCGUUUUUUGGUUAUUUGAUAUGAAGGACAGAUUAAUAUCAAAGAUUUAGCAUUGUUUUUAUGUCGAA